GAGAUGGUCACGUACGUGUCUCCGUGCCACGCCGGCUGCGGGGGAGAGGAGUUGUUCGACGGGGUCAGGGCGUACACAAACUGCACAUGUUCAUCGACCGGUCGCGCCGUGCUAGGCGCAUGCAGCGAUGUGCCGUGCAAGCAGGCGCACGCACAGCAUGGCAUGCUGCUCGUUAUCGCCGUCACUUUCACACUAUUGUGCUUCCAAGCGCAGGGAGUUAUGCUGCUCCGGAUAGUGGACCCUCGGGACAAGUCUGUGGUCAUGGGCGUGGCGUGGUUUGUGGUCACGCUGAUGACGUUCGUGUGCGGGAAUUUGUUGUUCAUGGCGAUGAGACUUGGUAUGUGCCGGUGGUAUGAAGGGGAUCAAUGUCACCUGCAAACGUCAAACUUCUCUAACCACGUCGGCGCUACGUGCGCAGCUAUCGCUAUAGCAUCGCUCAUCAUUAGUAUUAUUUCCGCUUUCUCGUUACGGAAGAAGAACAAAUCCAGCCAUGACACCAGAUUAUAAGAUUUAAUACUCUAAAAAAUAUGUAAUUGAAUUAAACGAAUGAGGAAAAACCGGUCAAGUGAAUGUACCAACUUGACAGUGAUUUUUUGGUUGAUCGACUACAACUUUGAUUCCUACUUACCUACAGGUCGUCAAAACCUGUCUCAUGUACCUGUAACUAUACCUACUUCAGACCAAAAACUGCAAAACUGAAGUUGAACUUUAAAAAUAAAUAUGGUACCUACCAGCCCCCCUAGCCAAGUGGAACGUCGAUUCUCUUUCUACGAUCGCUAACGAAAACUAAAAAGAUGUAUGGAAAUGCCAUUUGCUAUCGACAAGUCACGUGAUCAAGAUCUGUCAUUCCCAUACAUUUUUCUAGUUUUCGAAGCGUUAGCGAUUGUAGAAAGAGAAUCAAAGUGCUACUUGGCUAGGGGGGCAGUAGGGUAUUCUUCAAAUGUUAUAAAAUUAAAAGUAGGCUGUUAAACUAAGGUUUGGGAUCGAUCGACUAAAAUGACCGACCUAGUUUUUGUAUUAUUUAUUAUUUUUAAAUAACUAAUUAACUUUAAUAGUACGGGUGGCAUGUUAAUGCUUAUGAAGUAAAAUGUUCGUAUUUUUUCGGAAAAAAUGUUUUUUGAAUGGUACCGCCCACUUAGUGAAGCGCCAAGCGACGCGGUCCUACUAAAAACUAACUAGUCCUUUUAUAAAUAAAAUAAAUUAAAAAGUACAAUAGGUAGUAAUAUAAACAUUGGAUAGAAGCAGGUGUUACUUUGCGGAAGUUCAUCAUGAUUAUAUAAUGAUUUAUUUAUUUUGCUAUCAACCGCGAAAAGCCGACGAACCCAUGCGACAACGUCACCCAGGUCCGACAAAAUACUCUCUACGUACGUUUUACUCCGAAACCGGAGCAUCCUCAGGAGAUGUUGACUCUACAACGUGCAAUUGCAAAGUGCAAUUGUACGUAGACUUUGCAAUUGCACGUUGUAAAAAAUAAAUAAAUCAUUAUAUAUUAGUAAUAUAAACAUUUAAUAGGUAAAUUAAUCACACUUGUUAGUAAACUUUCUUUAACCAAAUUAAUUUAAUCUUAUAUUAAGAGCGAUGUUUCGAAUAAAAUUAAAUAUUAUUAUUUUGGUUUAAUAUACUGUACUUACUUACCUAAGAAUAGGCCUAAUUACUACUAUCUUUAUCAACCCAUAUUCAGCAGUGAGAUGAAUAUGGGUUGAUAAUGAUGAUUGCUCUUGAUCUUUUCUAAGCGUAUCACUGUAGAUUAGUAACUUAUACAUAGAUAUUACGCAAUUUUGUAAAUAAUAAGAAUAAAUCGAAAUAAAAAUGUAAAU